AAAAAAUUGACACUAGAGAAUUAUGGCGUUUUCUGGACUUAAGGGGAACAGAACAAGUCCAUUUCGUAAAGAAAAAGAGCGGAUUUCCAGAAAGUUUCGGAUGAAUCUUGAAGCGAUUAUUGCAAAGUAUGAUCGUCCAUUCGCUGACAGUGAUGUCUUGGACCUCAAUGACAUGAAAGUAGUGGAAGACAGAGGUUUCCUCGGGAGUGUGAAAACAAUGAAGAUCGGCACGACCAGAUUGGCUGCUGACAAAGCCUUGUCACAUACUCAUUCAGGCAGUCAUUGGAAUUCCACCAAGGAUAGCACAGACUCUGCAUUUGGCAGCACCCGAUACAGCGAGAGUGAAGACACAUCUGGAACGGAGACUAUUGCCAGCUACAGUAUUCAGGGUACAAAGGUUGCAGAUGGGCAGGAUGAAGUGAAUGCUGACUUGAGCCUUGAGGACAUGUGGAUGAGAUACAGCUCUCUUUCAGAAGACUCUGGCAAUGAGGACGUAGAUUCUGACCACAGUGGCCCCAUCUGCACUCCAUCCAAAGCAUCACUUCUCUCUCUGUCCCUUCAUCAAAGAAAUCCAGAGGCUGUCACUGACUCAGCUCCACAAGCUGCCUGUCUGAGUGCACAGGGGAACCUGUCCGGUAGAUUUGAAACCGAGGACCGAGAAGAGCUCGAAGAUUCAGUCAAAAGAGGACGGCUGAACCAAGUGAUUUCAGUCGAUUGUAGGGAGGAAGAAGAAGAGUAUGAGGGAGAAGAGGAUGACCCGUACGAAUUCAGAGAUGAACUGCCCACCAUCCUGGAGGAGAAGAACAGGUUCCUGACCAGGAUGCAGUCUAUUCUAGUCGACAGCUUCAUCGACGGCGACGACAUUGAUGAGAUGAACUCACAGAGCGAUGAUGAGGUCAGCACAGGAACUGUUGAAAGCAGUGGAACAACAAGCAGUUCCAUCUCUGUCUGGGCCACACUGCCCUCCAAGACCCCACCAAAACGACUCUCCAGACCUCCCAGAGAUUUUAAGAGCAAUGAUCUGAGGUUGGACAAUGUGAGGUACGAGAUCCCAGCACCAGACAUUCAAAAGAGGGAUCAAGCCGUAAGACUGCAGUGUCGAGGUGUGCUGUCCAGCACUGACUCAGACUUCACAGACUGCAGCACCAUCCUUGCUGGAAAUCUGCACAGUGAGCAGGAUGGCCUCCUUCCAUCGCAUCUGCUCCGAGGAACUAACCAAAAGACAAACUAUUGCCACAGCAGGACGACCCGUCCUCCUUUUCAGGCCAUUUGCAACAGUACUAUGCUGAGUGAAAUGAACCACUCGGAGGAUGCAGUAAGUGUCAGAAAGGCCACUCGUCGGCCAAGGGAACUAGAGCUACCACUGGAUGGUCAAGGGGAGAUGUGCUUGGGUGAAGUGCCGUUGAAUGAUGCCUUGAACCCGGAACUUAACACACUGCACGAUCAAGUGAACAGAACUUCUGAAGCAGACAGGAGUGGUCACAAUGUAACCCCAGCAGGGCUACAUUUACCCCAAAACCAUAAGGAAGUGAAAGGCAAAAGUGAGAAGGCCUCAGAUGAUAAUUGUGGUCAGAUGAAUUUUUCUACACCGGCGGUGAGAAAUUGCAGCAAGGGGAAUAAUGAUAUGAACUCUGUUGCUCAAGAGACAUCUGGUAUUACACCACGCUCAGUAUUAAGGAAAGGCACUCGGAGGUCAGACUUUGACAGUGUGCGCUCGCCCCGCUUUGACACAGAAGAAAUCAUGGAGAUAUUCCGGUCACCAAAGCCAUUAAUUAUUCCCAGCGUGGACGUACAGGAUCUGGAUCUGACACCCCGUCGGAAGAUCAGGCGAGAAGUUGCUGCAACGCCUACCCGAUCACUCAGGAAGGCCCUGCAGGACCUACAGAGCCCCAAGGCCAAAGUCAGAACCAGUGGCAAUCAUGCACCCAGUAGCCAAACUGCCAAAGAGAUCAAACCACGGGGCCAGGGUGCUCCUGAUGAAACUGCUCUGGGAUACCUUGAUUCUACCGCUGUGGCAGUAGAAGAGAGUGACUGUGACUCGGUGCUUGAGAGAGGUGUUUGUUUGGACAGCCCUACUAGCCAGUCUCGUGGGAAGGCAGAUAAUGCUGAAAUUGACAUUGAUGAGAGUUUUGAAGGUGUCAGUGUCCUUUCCCCUGAAGUCCACACUCCCAGGAGAAGCAGUGCCCGUUUGAAGGAAGCUAGGAGUCUAUUUGCGUCACGUCAAGACAAUAGCGUAUCUGAAAUUCCAAAGACACGUGGCCAGAGGGUUGAAACUUCUUCAUGUACAAAAGCAACCAGUGUUGUCAGUAAAUUGUGCGUGCCAGAGACACUAGAAUCCAGUCACUGGCGGCGCAGUUCCAGAUCCGACCACAAUAACAUCAUUUCAUCAGCUCCUGGAGCCAGGGAGUCAAGAGAUUAUUCUCACCAGACAGAAUCAGAGGAGCCCACAAAGAAGCAGUCAACUAGUAACAGGCCGCAACGUUCAGUGAAGACCAAGGCAUCUUCAAGAAGUCCCAAAGACAGAAUUGGCAGCAGUUCAGAUUCUCAUGUCCUGCCAGCCUCAAGGCACUCGGCACUAAAGAGCAAAGAGGUUGCAGUCGAGCAAACACUACAACAUUCCAAACCUUCUAAAUAUACACCGCUCGAAGACAACUCAAGAGACUCACUGAAUGAAACACCAAAAACCCCUGUUCCAUCAAAGACACCCUCCAGGCCCGACAGAGUCAAGAAAUGCCCUCUGACCCCGCCAACCCACAUUUCACCCUCCACUCUUUCUUCACCUUUAAACCGUGUGUCCAUAUCAACACCUUCCAAAUUUUGUGGCCAACGAGAAGAGCUCAGGGACUCUUCAGGCAGAAGGUUAAGUGCACAGAAAAAAGACAGAGUCACGUCAGUGGCGACAACAAAGCUGGGACUUUCAGAGAAAAAUCUGAGACCAAAAAGCAAGAAAGGUGACAAGCUGAAAUUAGAUGUUACACACAUGACAAUCCGUCUCUCUGACGACAGUUCUGAAGAGGACAUGGAAGUAGAUCCAUAUUCACUGACAGCUGAUGAUUCAUCUCCAGGCCCCAGGCUUUACCACCAAAGACCAAAGCUUCAGCCUUCCAAGAAGUCUUCUACCAAACACUCCUCUAGAGGGGACCGGUAUCAUGACCAGGUUGCCCCCAGCAAAGGCUCUGGAAAGCUCAGGUAUGGCCGCACCAAAGAGGAUCACCUGUCCACACUUCAGUAUCAGAACAGCAAUGAGGACCUUGCAGCUGGUGGCAAUAAAUCCCACUCAAAGAAUAUCAGGGAUUCAGAUCCUGGAGUGAGAUCCCUACACAACAGAGCAGGCCAGUUGAUUGAGUUACCAAGACACUCUUCCGUACAGAGAGACUCCGAGAGUCUAGUCAGUUUGAGAGGUUCUGGCACUGCUGUGAGGACUGUUCACGGUCCUAGCAUGAACAAACAUGCUUGUACCUCAAUCCAAAGAUCUCCUCCACAUAGUCCCCCUCCAUCACCGAUUUUCCUGUCUGAAGAUACUGCCAGGCUGUCUAGAAAUAGUCAGUUGGAGAAGUCAUCCACUUCACAAUCAAGAACUGAAAUGAGGAGAGAACACUCACAACACUUCUCUGAUGAGGAGUGCAACUCCUCUGGGGAUUCGGCCAAGUUCCUUUCCUCAAAACCAGACCAAAUUAAGAUUAAAUCAGGAACAGAACCCAGUGGGCAGCUGACUUCAUGCAUGAGUCCAAAACAUAGAAAGCUUUCAAAGACAGAAUGGGGAGUUAGCCCCAAACUCAAGACCACAAUUAGAUGCGGGCAGAUCAUCACCACACCUACGAAAGGUUUUGGGACUGCGUCGCCCAAGUUUCACAAAACCUGUUCUCCAUCUCACAGAGGACGUGUGGAGAAAAUUCAGAAGAUGGACAGGCGGUCGGGCAGUGGCUCUGCCAAGAAAUCCAGCAAUUCACUUCAGAGAGGGCAGCAAGUUCUUAAAACUGCUGCCAGGAAAUUGAUUGCAUCCCCGUCAAGUCACCGUUGCGAUGUGAGAACCAUGGAAACCAGCAGACCAGUUGUAUCAAGUCCAUUAAGGGCAAAUGGGUGUAAUGUCAGUUCAUCUUAUGUGUGUGAGGGACCAGGAAAUUGUACCAAACCUUUCUGCUUUAACUGUGCACUGAGUGAAAUCUCUUGAUCUAAGUUCUUCAUCCAUGCAUUUAGAUUUUGCCUGAAUAAGUUUUAUUACAGCAUUUAAUGGAAAUACAACUCCAUGCUUAGCAGAGUUAAAAGGGGGAAAUAAAUUUUUCUGUCUGACCCCAAGAUAUUAUUUUUGAACAAUGUACCUGAACAUGGAGUGACACUUUUAUGGCCUACUUCUAAUGUACUUAAUACUGAAUAUUUCACUUGGUUUUAAAUUCUGUUUUUGUCAGAGACGGUUUUACACCAAAGCCUCCUAUUAAGCUUUCAUUGAAGCUUCAAAUUGACCCAUGACCUGAUGAUAUCACACUUUGUUUACAUGCGUUUUUUUUCUGUGGAGCCAGUGGGGGCCCAUGGCCCACUGAGCACCACAGGAAUGCACACUAGUAAACAUGUGGUGUCAUUGAUACAGAGGUCUGUUGGCAUGUGCACUAACAACUUUGAUGCUGUACACGCUCUGUACUCCAUUUGUGACCUUAUUCGCUGAAAUGCCAGAUAAUGCCAAAAUUUAAAUUGAAGCUGAUGGCCUGCAUACAUGUAUACAUGAUGCUCUCGUUAUUUUUCCAACUGAUCAUGUAUGUAUUUGAAGAAGUAAUGUUCUUGAUUUUUAUGUACAGUAUGAAUGGAUUUCAGAUUUUGGUGACGUAAUUGUUUAACCUUUUUAGUGUCGAUCGUUUCUGUUUGUCGUUGCCAACAUUUUGCUGUUUUAAAAGUCACAAGUGCCUAAAGUUUGAAAAGAACUCUGUCGGAUUGCAGGAACAUCUUGUUAAUGUGUCUGUACAGUAAUUGUUUCAUAUUCAUUUUGUUUAAAGUUUUUCUACCCUUUUAUUCUACAACUUUACCAGUACUGUAUAAAUUUUUAAAUGUAUUUGAGCUUAUUACAUGUAUUAAAGUGACUAAAGGUGAUAUACUUUCUGCUUGUUCAAGUUCUUCAGCUAGGCAUGCAGAGGAUACAUUUUGUGGGACACACCGUGACGAUUAAGUUUAGAGGGCACUUUACAACUGCAACUGACUUUCAGUUGAAUGUUAUUUUCCAAGCGGGGUUUCAUCCAUUAUGUAUACAGGUAUUCACACUACAGUAGGACAUGUUAAACUACACGUACAUGUACUACAAGGGCCAUGGGUGACAACCAAAUUGGCCUCCUUGGCCAAGUACCGAUCGUGCCAGUAAUUCCAACAGCAAGGUCAGUGCGUGAGAUGCGGUCCAUGUACAGUGUAUAACAUAUCACUUUUUGGGGGGUCACACACUGUUUGCAGGUGUGUUCAUAAGCAUUGAGAAGCACUCAUGAUCAGUUAAUCAAAGGAAUGCAUGGUCCCUGCCUGGGUGUCAGGCACCCAUUGAACUGACCAGGAGCCGGCCUGUCUCCUGUACCAGUGAGGGUGUGAGUAGCUCUCCCUGGGGUGCUUCCAGUGUGUGCCCCUCUGGAAUCCUUUACAAUUUACAUGUAUUUGAGGGCGAUAUUUUUGUUUCAUUUGUUAUGCUGU